GGAGCGUCACAGUGGUGAUACAGGGGUUCAGAAGUGAACCGAGGCGGCUCUGUGCAGUUUGAUCCAGGAAGGUUUACUCUCACCGUCUCCAGCCCCGUCCAGGACCUGCAGCUCCACCAUGGCGGAUCAGUACCAGUACAACACCAACGAGGAGAAGAUUGUGAAGGACAGCCACACCAAGGAGAUCGAUCUAAUUAACAGAGAUCCCAAGCAGAUCAAUGAGGACGUGGUGAAGGUGGACUUUGAGGAUGUCAUUGCAGAGCCUGACGGCACACACAGCUUGGAUGGAGUGUGGAAGCUCAGCUACACCACCUUCACCGUGUCCAAGUACUGGUGCUACCGCAUCUUGUCUGCUGUCUUUGGUAUCCCUGUCGCUCUGCUCUGGGGCUUCCUGUUCGCAUGCAUCUCCUUCUGCCACAUCUGGGCUGUGGUUCCCUGCAUCAAGAGCUGUCUGAUUGAGUCGCAGUGCAUCAGCCGCAUCUACUCUCUCUGCAUCCAAACCUUCUGUGACCCCUUCUUUGAAGCACUGGGCAAGAUUUUCAGCAGUGUGCGUGUUGCACUGCGCAAAGAAGUCUAAGAGCUAACAAUUUAGUGUUUAUAGUGUGAUCGCAUGAAGUGCGGUACCUUUUCAUACACCAGAAGAUCAGUCCUGGUAUCUCGCUUACUCCCUGAUACUCCUCCUCCUCCUUGCUUCAUUACAUACUGUUCCCCACCCACCUAUCUUACGCUCUCAGCUCUGAGUCCUGGCAUGCCCCAUGUGCCUUUUGCCACCAGAAGCUCUGUGACAGCUGCAGCAGGCAGCGUGGUUCUGUGACAGCUCUGGCACUCCUGGCAGGAUCAGUGCACCUCACUGAGGGGGAAGAGGACCACUUGCCACGACCAGGAUCUGUCUGCCCUCAUUUAUUUGUAUCACAAAAGCCAAAGACAAUAUCCACUCCGUCGCAACAAAUGAAAAGAAUUCCCCAAAACUGCUGCACCUGUGGACAAUGCUACCUGUGUUACAUUUGGCCAUUCUUAAAAGUUCUGUUGAUGCUGUAUAUUGCUGUUUCUGGUAUUGUUUAAGUUUCUAUUAAUUGAGUAGGAUUUGACAAUCAUAAAUGCACCCUUGGGUGAAAGGUUUUGUUUCAAAGUAUGAAAUGGAGGGGGGUGGGGGGGUUUCAAAAAUUGCAUUUUGGUGGAAGUGUGACUGAUUUUGUCAAAAGAAAUAAAAGCCCUCUGCUACUUGUUUUUAUUUUGGUAGACAAAUGCACAUUCUAUGUUUUUGCGGGGAAUGUGCCCCCUAUAUCCAUCUUAAAAUCUACACCUAUGUAUUCUUCCUGGUAAAAGCUUUGACAAAAACAAAGGAAGUGAACAUGUUUCCUCUACAUAAUUAUUUUGUUAUUUGCGAUGAAUCCAUAGUAACUAACAGAGUUUUUGCUUACUUGUAAAUGUAUGUUUGGAGUAGCUGAUAAUCUACUUCCUUUUUAUCAAAGGGUGAUAAGUGGAAUAUUAAACCUACUUCGGUACUGCAUAUUUCUGUCAAGUAUGUGUAAACAAGUAUGGACCUAACUGCUGAUGGAGUUGAGUAAAAACCACUCUGUGAGACCCAUUGUAAUGUUCCACAGUGUUGUUUUCAUUAUGCAGAAAAGCAGAAUACAUUUGCUUCUGUUGUGCCCUUGCAGUGAAGAAAGGCUUAAAAUAUAUGGGCUUAAAGACACUUUAUAACUGAUGAAAGUAUACUUAUAAUGACUAUAUGUCACCACUGGUUGAGUAUUUGAAUGAAAGUAUAUUUUGUGUGUUAUUUCCAUUCAUUCUGAGAGGUUUAAGAAAUACAUUUUUAAGAUUAACUAAAAAUCUUAAUUGUGUUUCAGUGAUAUUCUCAACAACUUUUGUCUACAAGGGAGCUGUGAUCCACUAGAGGCUGCUGUUGUGUAUCUCUAUGCCUCUCUUUUGUGUCUGAGAUCCAUCACUGAUGAUUCAGCGUCACCACACCCUAUGUUCACAACCUCAGCAUGCUUUUUUCUCGUCUUUUCAUUUUAGUCCUUCACUGUGCCAGAAAAUACACCUUUAGAAUUUUUAUGAGCAGAAACAGGACACUGUGUUAAAGCAUUAGUUUGAUAAAUGAACUGUGCUAACCAGUGUAAUUAACAAGCAAGUGUGAUUUAUCUACUAAAACCUAUAUAGAUACAGUGAAUAUGUUGAACACAUGAAUAUAUUGGGUCUAAUUAAAAUACAACAAAUAUUUCACAAAUACAGAUCUCAUGAUUAUUUUUAUGAAUUUAUCUAAUUUUUGUCUCCUGUAAAUGAUUUAAGUUGUGCAAUAACAAACACACUGUAACCAGAAA